AUGAAGCCCCCCGUUGGACCGACGGCUGUCCUCCUUAUCGUUCUCUCGCUUCUCACCUCUAGUAGCAGUUCUUUGCUCCCUCGUCAAACACAAGACAAUCCAUGGUCAGCCUCGAAAUUCCACUCGCUCAUAACCUUCGGUGACAGUUACACGGAUGAGUCGCGCCUGGGUUGGUUCAUCAACCACAAUGGCUCGGCUCCGCCGCCGGGAGCUUUUCUGCCUGAAAGUUUCACCACCGCGGGCGGAGGCCGUACUUGGCCUCGAUAUGUGGUCCAAUAUACCGGGACAACGAAGGAAGGAACCUGGUCGCCACAGAUGACUUUGUACAAUUACGCAGUUUCGGGAGCUGUCUGUUCGAACAAGGUUUCUCCCAGAUGGCUCUCCGCCAUCGACGCACCUUUCCCUGCCGUUCUGGAGUACGAAAUCCCAGCUUUCCUCGCCGACGUGCCCGCCCAACGCGUCAACGCCACACCGGUCGAACCACUCUUCACACCCGCCCUGACAGCCCAGUCUGCCGUGUACGCGUUGUGGAUUGGCACCAACGAUCUGGGGGUCUGGGCGUUCCUGACCGACUCCCAAAUCCGCGGCAAAGUCUUGACCGACUACACAUCGUGCGUGUACGAGGUCUUUGACAAGCUCUACGCCGGCGGCGGGCGCAGGUUUGUGCUCAUGAACACUGUUCCACUGCACCUGGCGCCGCUCUAUGCAAACGACACCCUCCACGGCGUCGGCGCCAAUCAGUACUGGCCACACAAACCGACCAACCACACACGGAUCGCAGAGACGAUGCACGAAUUCACAGCGGCCGUCAACGAUGUGUUCAAGUACCAGACGCCAUUCGAGGUGCUUGUGGCGAAGCGCUAUCCCGGUGCGCAUUUUGCGAUAUUCGAUACGUUCUCGCUCAUUUCUGACAUUUACAAUUCUCCGGGAAAAUAUCUGAACGGCACCGGCGUGAAGAAAGACGGCGAGAGCGUUUGGGGCUAUGAGAAUCAUUGCAACGUUAACCAAACGUCAUGUGUGAAGCGGGAAAAUGGGACGAAUCCAGAUGGGUUUUUGUGGUUUGAUGAGUUGCAUCCUAGUGAACAAACCGAUCGACUCAUCGCAAGGAAUUUCGUGGAGGUCUUGAACGGCACGUCCAAGUAUGCUUCGUAUUAUUGA